CGCCCCUUCUCUCUAUGCUUCGAAGUCUCCGGGGCCGGCAGAGAACAUGUCGUCUACUCCGCCGGUCCUCUCCUCACCAUCUUUGGCUCUCUCUUAAACACGCUACCGAAUCCCAAUUGUUGCCACCCUUACAGUCCCCAACACAACCACCAUGGAAUCCAUAUUGACAGAUCUGCCAAAAACCCUCAUUUUGGCAAGAAAAAUGGCAUGUUUGGCCUUCAAUCUCUGCUGAUGCGUCUUAAGGCAAGCAUUGUUCUAGCAAUAUGACUCUUCGAGAGAUGAAAUGAUCCGAAUGGGAGGACCCGCUAACCCUAUACUACACCAAUGAAACGUUUAGUUUCACAAAUCCCCAAACUACAUUUGAGCAGAGAAGCAUAAAAAUUUAGGGUUUUACGAUCAGAGGUUCAACCAUGUCGGACUAUCUACCUCAAGAAACCCUGGUCGACAUCUUCACAAGACUACCCAUCAAGACUCUCCUGCAAAUCAGGUGCGUUUGCAAAACAUGGUACGCUCUAAUCAACAGCCCUAUUUUCAUCACCACACACAUCAAUCGAGCAAUUGCAAACACCACCACUCCAUUACUACUCCUCAGGUAUCAUUCUGGGUAUGGCAGAGAAGAAGAGCACUACUCGGUACAUUGCGAUGACGAAACAUUUGAUGAGUGCUUGACACUUGAUUGUCCUAUUGAUUGCUACCACCUGUACCAAUACUAUUAUUACCGCAUAGUGGGUUCAUGUAAUGGUUUAAUUUGCUUGUCCGAUGAUUUAUUCGCCAUGAGUGUAGAAGAGUUUACAAAUGUUAUCAUUCUGUGGAACCCAGCCGUUCGAAAGUCCGUCAGACUUCCGAUGCCCCGUUUUACAUACGACUCACAUGGUCUACACGGGUUUGUUCUUGCGUUUGGGUUCGAUUCUCGGACUAAUGACUACAAGGUUGUGAGAAUUGUUCAUCUUCACGAUUCGUUUGAUUUUGUAGUUCGGCCCGAGGUUGAUGUUUAUGAGCUUAGCACAGGUGUGUGGAGAAGCAGUGGUUCUGCUGCUCCUCCAUAUUACACGAAUAUGGGUCAUUGGUCACAUGUUUUUGUGAAUGGGGCUUCACAUUGGGUCGCAUUUGAGCCGGGCGUGGAACAAAAUAGGAAUUUGAUUUUGUCAUUUGAUAUGGGUAGUGAGGUUUUCAUCGAAAUGAUACUUCCGGAUAGUGUUGCUAAUGUCUGUAAGCUGAAUUUGUCCAUUGCACUUUUUGGGGAAUCUCUCUCUCUGUUCCAUUAUGAUGAUAAUAUUUGGAGUACUGAUAAGAGUUGUUGCAUAUGGGUGAUGAAAGAAUAUGGUGUAGAGGGUUCGUGGACUAAAUUGUUCACAGUUGAUCUAGGAGGAAUAAACAAGGUUUUGGGAUUUAGAAAAACAGGUGAAGUUCUAGUGGAAAAGAGUGAUGGAGAGCUGGUUUCAUAUGAUCCCAAGAGUGAAGAUGAGGUUGAAAUUGGAAUCUGUAGCUAUAAAUCCUCGCUUCACUUGGAUACUUACAUGGAAAGCCUAGUUUUACUCUGAGGAAAUAAUGAAGUACUAAUGGGAAGAGCAUGUAACAGUAAUGCCCUUACUGAAAAUUUUGGAGAAGAGGAUGGAGUUAAGGUACUUCGCAAUAUUUGGACUUCUUGUCUUGAUUUUUGUUGUUUUAUCCUUGGAUACAUGAGAUGAGAUUGACCUUGCUAUGUUUAAACUUAAAAACUCAACUUUGCACCACAGCAUGUUUCAUCCAGCAAAAGUUGUUGCCAUUGUUAAGCAUGUAAGGGGUAGUCUUUUGUUCUUUUAACAUCUACAUCUGUAGAAAUGUAUAGGGUUGUGCGGUGUUCAUUUUCAGAUUCUCCAAUGUUGUAAAUGUUAGAUGCUCUUGGUAUUUUUCAUAUAUUUCACCGGCGUUGCUCUUUUAUCUGAAUCAAUGUUUGCGAAAGUAGUUUGAAAAGCUCAAAUUGACUCACCAAAGUCUUUCCCAAUUAUUCAGGCUAUGUAAUUAGCUCAAAUUAACCCAAUGUUUGCAUAAGUUAAAUGAUUUCUUUUUUGUCAUUCUGCUCUAAAGUUUUUGGUACCAUUCUCAGCAUGACGAGGAAUAGCACUUCUCAAUACGUUGCCUGUCAUUGGCCAGGCGUUUUGUGAACCUCAAAACUCAACCCUGCGCCAUGUGCCCUUUGCAUUGUGUCUCCAUCUUUUCGUUUCAUUCACAAACACGCACUCACACACACACAGAUGCACAGGCCAAGUAACUCAUUAGUGGCAUUCUUGUUAUUGAUAUUUAUCCAAUACCUCGUGUGGAAAAGACGGUCGAGUUAAAAUUUGCACUUUGUUGGAGUCAAUUAGCUUUAUUUUGGGAAAAAAUGCAUCAAUUCUGUUUAUGUUUGCACUUAGCAUAAUCUCUGACCAUCAGUAGCUGAUGUUUUGCUUAAUAUGUCAUAUGGAUUACAAAUUAUUAUGUGUAUUAUUUUCGUUUUAGGUCGAAUUUGUUGAUUCUUGGAUAGGCAAAUAUCAAAUGGGCUACAAAGCAUGGGUGUUUUGUAUUGAUUGAGCAAAGAUGAGUUGAAAUUGUAUAGCGGUAUCUGAAAAUAUUUAUAUUAUUUUCGUUAUCGGUGUUUUGAUGAAUAUAACAUAUAAUCAUCUCGUGCUGCUCUUCCAUGCUAUUUCCUCCCCUCAGUUUGGAUUUCAAUGCUCAAAAUUUCUCCUCAGUUUAAGGUAUUUGCAUUGAUUCACAUAACAUCCUUAGCAUGUAUUGGUAGAAUAAUCAAGUAACAAUGUUUUGUAGUUCAAUGUUUAUUAUUUAUUUAUUUAUCUAUCCAGGUGCUGUGUCAUUGAUAAUGGUUACUAAUUCUAUUUGAAAAUCUGAUUUAACAACUUUAUUGCCCCUUGUACUAUACUGUAUUAAUUUUCUUAUGAUUUAGUUAUCAUUGCUAUAUUCUUGGUACCUGAUGAUGACAUUUCUUACAUAAAGUUGGCUAUUUGUCUCCAAUCUACUCUGCUUGUUGGACCUUCAAUUAUAGUUGUAUUUGAUUUCUUUCUUGGAUUUUAAUUUGUACCGCAGAUGACUAGAAAUAAACUGCUGUUGCCACUCGCAGCAUGAAUAAGAGCAUAUUCUUGGCUUCGCAUCCGGUGGAGUUUGAUUUCAGAUUUUAUUUUUUAUUUUUUAAAUAACAUGACAAUUAACAAAGAGUGAGAAUAGAAGUACAAUUAAGGUACAUUAAUCAAGAUUCAAAUAGCAUGAGAUUUAAAUGGUACAUCAUUACUUGCAAAAAUUAUAGUAAAGAAAAAUUAAAAAAUACAAAAUAUAAACAUCAAGUAUAUAAAAUUACAGUGAAACUUUAAAUAAAAAGAAGACAAAAAGAAGAAGGUAAUAACACAUACAUUAUACAUGGUGCAAAAAGAAGAAUCUUAAGAAGAGGGGAAAAAAAAUAUCAAUAGUGUUAUAACCCAGUGAUAUUUCAUCUACGUUUCAAAGUGAAAGAAGAGAGUUUAAGUCCCAUAAAGGCAAAUUGUUACCCAUCAAUGCAUGGGGUUCUUCGACUCAUCAUUACUCUAGAUGGUGAAGAUGUUAUUGACUAUGAACCAAUAUUGAGUUUCCUGCCAAUUUUUUUAUUUUUAAAAAUAAAAUAAAGAAGAAGAAGAAGAAGUAGAAAUAUAAGAAAAGAAAAAUGAGAGAACUUUGGAGGGAGAAAAAAAAAAAAGAUUUGAAGAAGGAAUCAAAGAAAUUUGAAGAGCAAAAUUAGCUAUUAAAAAAAAGAGAGUAAAAUUAGAGAUAUUUUUUAAAGGCAAGGCCUCGUCCCUCAUUAUUCAUCAUAGUUGUGUUUACUCAUAAGUAUUAUGACAAAUUCCAAGAACCGCACUCACUCCAUUCAAGCACACUUUUUGUUCAUAUUGGGUUCAAACCCUUUCUCUCAUUUUUAUGGAUGGAGAAGUUAUAACACUGGGUUAGAUAACUUAGAUUAGUAGAUGCAAAAAAAUUUACCGAAGGCACUAAUCACUGGCUAUCGAGACAUCUGCCGUUAAGGUAUGUUUAAUCAAUGAAAAUCUAACAAAUCAUUUUGAUGGAGUAAUUUUUAGCAGUUUUUAUUUUUUAUAUUUUAAAUACUAGGAUUAAUUUUAUUAUAUGAUAGAAUUUUUAUUAGUUGGACAUAUCGAUGACAAGCCAUCGAUGACAUGGUUUGCUGACUCUCCCAAUAUAUUCUCUCAAUUGGGGUAUUGAACUUUUUUUGAAAUCUUUAUCGCAUGUUGUUUGGAGAGGUCAAAAAUGAUUUUAGAUUUAAUAGACUCUAGAGAGUUGAAUAAGGUUCCAGAGUAUUUGCAUAUAGAGUUAGACUAUGUUCAGCUGUAUGAAAUUGUUGAGUCAUGUUGAAAUAGAAUUUUUUUUUUUUUUAAAGAAACCUCUCCAGAUUGUUGCCUCAAAUCUUUUUUAAAAUUACUUACAAAUUUACUAUUUGAUUUGAAGUUUGAUUAAAUGAUUUUUAAUAUUGAAUAAUAUUUAAUAACUUCAUCAAAAUUGUGUGCGACAUUUAAGAUUUGUCUUGUACGCAUUUUGUUUUUAGUGUUUUUAUUUUUGUUGGGUAUUGUAGUAAUGAACCGUGGAAAAAAUAUAUUUGGUAAAAAUUAUUUUGUUUUGCACAAUACCAAAAUGUUUCGUGAAUAGUUGUCAAAAAUUGAAGCAUCAAUUUGAUGUUUUGAUAUGUUUUCGCAUCAUAACGAUAUUGUAAUAGUGAUAAACAAUAUUCUCUUAAAUGAUAUUUUUAAACUACCUAUUAUGUUUUUCAAACGUAUAAAAUCUUUUUAUCAAAUAUAUUUUCAUGAAAUGAAUUUUACCGAAUAUGUUUCGGAUCACUAUUUAAAAUAAUUUAAAUAAAACACUUAGUUCUCUUUUGGGGGAAACAACACAGUUGACAAACAGCCCAACAACACAGUUGACAAACAGCCCAACAACACAGUCGCCAAACAGCCCAACAAACAAAUCCGAACCGGUGUUCUCACCGUGAAGAUCCGGAUGUGAGAGCACUAUUAAAACGCCACCAACUCUAAAGUUGCAAACGAUUAGACUACACAUUAAGCGGAUUUUUGGUUCUCAAAUUUGAGGGUUUUGACGAUCAGAUGAGACGGUAACGAUGUCCUUCUUCGACGUGCUACCUCAAGAACUCUUCAAAUAUAUCUGCACAAAAUUACCGAUCAAGACCAUCGUGCUCAUCAGAUGCGUUCGCAAAUCAUGGAACGCAGUAAUCAAGAACCCUAAAUUCAUCACAGAACACAUCAAUCGAACUAUUGCGGACAAGAAGACUCAAUUGCGACUGCUCAGUUUGUAGAGUGGUGGGAAUGGAAAUAUGCUAGGGCCUAGGAGCAAGUAUGAGAAGAUUGAUAAAGAAAGAAAGAGUAGCACAGCUAUUUUGUAGUUGAUUGAUCUUAUUCCCUAUCAUAGUUUGCAGAGUUGUUGGAAUGGGAAUAUGCUAGUAGCAGGAAUGAGAAGAUGGAUGAAGGAUGAAAGAGUAGCAGCAGCUAUUUUUGUAGUUGAUGAUCUUAUUCCCUUCAUAGGUAGGGAUGUAAUUACAUUUCCCUUUUUGUAUUCUUUUCAGAUUUUUAGGGCUUACUUGGUGUAUACUUGUUAUUAGAAUUUCAUUUUGGUGAAUGACUUGAGUCCAAGCAAAACUUUUCUAAGGGAUAUACGAUUCGGCAUCUUUGUCUUGCAAGUUUAUUGAAUUUUAACUGACAUGAAUAGACCUCUGAUUUCUUCUUGCAUUAUGUUGAAUCCUUACAAUUGUGUUGUAUGAUCUUCAUUUCUUAACAAUGUCUAAACUUAAUUUGAAUAUUUUUGUAUAGACUUCUGGAGAAUGCUUUAACUAAUUACUUCAACCCAUUUUUCUGUCGAGAUACUCUCUAAGAAGAUGAUAGUGCAUCCACUCUUGGGGGAUGUGAGAAGAGUAGUUGUAGAGUUGUCGAUCAGGAUGAGCAGAAUUGCCAAAUGUGAGAUGGAAGCUGUAGUUUUUUAUUUUUUUAUUUUUUUUAUUUUUUUUAUUUUUAUUUUUUAUUUUUUAUUUUUUAUUUUUAUUUAAUUGCUUUGUCAUUGGAAAGGACCUGUGCUGUACCCAAUUUUUUUUUUUUUCCUUUCUAGAUUACUGUACCAAUUCUUUGGCACACAUAUCUGAAAUCUCUUUUGACUAAUUGCCUGCCUUGCGACGCUUGGUAAGCACAGGAAUUAGACUGAAAUAGCUCGAAUAUCCCUGGUUUCGGGUUGAUACCCCGACCUCUCUCUUCGAUAAUCUCCUGGGAAAUCUGAUUUUACCACUUGUUGCUUCUUUCACUAUAUUGAUUUUCUUAUAUUUUAGUUAUCGCUGCUGUUGUAUUGGUACCUGAUGUCAUUUCUUAAAUAAAGUUGGCUAUUUGUCCCCAAUCUACUGUUUGUUGGACCUUCAGUUAUAGUUGUCUUUGAUUUUUGUUUCUUGGAUCUUAAUUUUAACUGCAAAUGACUUGAAAUAAACUGUUGUUGCCACUAAAAACACAAAUAAGUGCGCGUUGUUGCCUUUGCCUCUGAUGGAGUUUUAUAUCAGAUAUUAUUUGGCUUCUGUGUUGUUCACGGAAAGUAUAGUGGAUCGAGAAUGUAAAUUUAUUUUGAAUGUAGAUUUACCUCAUAAUAGUGGUUUCAUGUAAUGGGUUAAUUUGCUUGUCCGACGGAUGAUUUAUUUUUGUCUAAUGGUUUGGAUAAUAUACAAACAUUAUCCUCUAUGGAACCCAGGAAUUCAAAAGUCCGUGAGACUUCCGAUGCCCCAUAUUACAUACAAAUCACAUGGUCUAUACAUGUUUGGUCUUGCUUAGGUUGGGUUCGAUUCUGGGGCUAAUGCUAUGAAGUUGUGAGAAUUGUUUAUCUUCACAACUUGUUUGAUUAUGAACUUCCGCCCGAGGUUGAUGUUUAUGAACUUAGCACACGUCUGUGGAGAAUGAUCGGUUAUGCUGCUCAUCUGUAUCACAUGAUUCUACAUCAUUGAUUGCAUGUUUUUUGUAAAUGGGGCUUCACAUUGAGUCGCAUUUGAGCAGGGCCUGGAAAAAAUCGGUAUUUGAUUUUGUCAUUUGAUAUCAAUAAUGAACACAAUCAAUAAGUGAAAAGAGCAACCCACAUCAAAAAAGAAAGGAAAAAAAAAAAAUGAAA